UGUCCAACUGUUUCCGGUUCUAAAGGGAGUGAUGUAGAGUUUACAUUUUGAAGUAUUUGUUCCCGAUUAGUAGUGCACUUAUAUGUAAUUAUUAAUAAAAUUAACAAAAUUGUAAAUAUUGUAAAGUUGGUUAACUAUAAACACGCGUGUAUUUAUUUUUGAUUAUACAUAAAUGUGAAUAGCAGAAGUAUUUUAACAAAAUAUGUGCACUAAUAGUGACGUGUUUUCAUCUUGACAACAUAAACAAAGUUUAUAAUGUGGAGUACAUCGGAAGAACCACCAGGGACAAUGGAAGGGGAUUCAUCUGAAUCGAUGGUGCAUGCAAAAGAAAAAUGUGAGCAAAAUAAAAAUCAAUUGGAAUCGCUUAAAGAAAUUAUGUUGAAAAAUAAGCAGAGCUUAAAAAAGAAGGAAGAAGAGGUUCAGGAAUAUGCAAGAAGGCUGUCCAAAAUUAAAUCUAGAGCCAAGUUAUCUCGUAGAAGUAAAGGUGAAAAUUUGCCUUGUAAAGAUGUAAGUCAUACAUCGGAGGAAACUACAUCAGUGGAUAUAUCUGAAGAAACAAUCGAUGACAUCAGUCAAGCAAAAACUGCAAAAGCAAAAUCUACUUUACUCCAAAAGAAGUUGGCAGAGAAUAGAAAAGUGUUUGAACAACGUAAUAAAGAAAUAACCGAAACUAAACGAGCAGUGGAAGAAAAAGUGGAAGCUAUUAGGCAACAAUUGGAAGAAAAAGAUAUAACAGCAAUGGGUUUUCAAAAGGAUCAAUUACCUGUUGCACCUAUUAAGCCAGUCAUGAUAAGUUCGGAUAUCAUGUCACCAAAACAGAUUGAAAGUAUUGAAGAAAAAGAGAAUCAAAUCGCAGUACUUAAUAAAAAAAUUUUAGAAUUGGAAGCUACUGUUAUAGAUCUGCAGGAAAAUUUAAAAGAGAAAGAUUCGGUUAUCGAAUCUAAGACGAGAGCAGUCACUCUUAUGUCUGCGGAUCUUUCGAAAAAGGGUAAAACGACUUUGGACACUCUCGAAGAUACGAAAGACGAAAUGCGAACGAUGCAGGAACAUUUUAUAUUGUUAGAGACAUCAUUGAAGAAUAAGAAUGAAAGUCUCUUGGAGCAGUUGCAAGGAAGGGAUAAUAAAAUAGCAGAAUUAGAAGACUCAAUUAAAGGAUUUGAGCAACAAUUGUCACAGUCAUCAGGCGCUGAUGUCCCUCGUUCUACAUUGGAUACUUUAUUAGAAACUAAAGAAGCUAUGAAAUCGAUGCAAGAAAAUUUUGUACUUGUAGAAUCUUCUCUCAAAGCAAAAAAUGACCAUCUACUUGAGCAGUUAGGAGAUUAUGAAUUAAAAUUAGCGGAAGCUAAUGAACGAAUAUUUAAAUUAGAAUCUGGUAUUGGAAUAAUCAAGGAUCCAACGGUUGAUGAUUUACAGUAUAAAUUGGAAAAACUGGAACAUAGUAAUAAACAGUUACAAGAUGAAAAGUAUGAAUUACAAAAAAAUAUUGCAGAAUUACAAGAUAAAAUUCUAAAUCUAUCAGUGAAUGGUAAUAAUGGUGCUUUGAUGGAGAAAGAUAACAGAAUAGUUGAGCUUGAAAAUUUAAUCGAAGAAUUAAAGCAAUCUAACAAGUUACUCGAAGAAGAAUCUAAAGCAGAGUUACAACAAAAAUUAGCAGAUUUAACUUUGAAAAAUGAAGAGUACUCGAAUAAAAUAGCUGAUCUUGAAGGUUUGGUACACGAACUUGAAGAACAAAAAAGUGAUAUUGCGGCAAGAUUAUCGGAUGAAAGUAGUCUAAAAGGGGAUGAAAAAGUGGCGAAACUUACUAAGGAAUUAGAAGAAUUAAAUAAGAGUAUGAUAAAAAUUAAGGCACAACAUAGAAGUAAAAUAAAAAAUCUGCAGAAACAACUAGAGAAUGUGAAAAAGGUAUCUGAUACAAACGCGGAACUUGUCAGACUGGGGAAUCAAGUGGCAUUAUUAGAGGAAGAGAAAGGUAACCUACAGCUGAGUCUGGUAGACUUUGACGAGCUUAAAGCCUCAGCAGGAGAUUGGCAAGAACGUGUUAUUGAUCUUGAAAGUAAAGUUUCUGCACAAACGAAAGAAAUUGAAAUGCAAAUUGAAGCCAUUGCCACUUUAGAGAAUCAAAAAUUGGAUCUUAUGCAAGAACUUCACAUAGCGAAACAGGAGGUUUCAUCCUUGGAAGCAGAGAACGCAGAGUCAGAAAAUCUUCGGGUUACCGCAGAAAUGAAAAUUGUUGAUCUUGAAGAACAGUUGGAAGCAAUGAACAAAUUGCAAAACGACAACAAAUUGGAAUCAUCGUCGGAGGAUAAUCACGCGGAACUGCUUAAACAGGUGGAAGCAUUGACCCAGGAAAAUGCAGAAUUAUAUAGUAGAAUAUCAAAAUUGGAAGAGAAAGGAACGUCUGAAACUGGAUCUACCGAAUCGUUCGAGGCUAUACAAGAGCUGGACAAGAGCGAUCUGUUGAAGAAGAUAGAGGAUUUAAUGCAUAAAAAUAACGAAUUAACUCUGAAGGUAAGCAGAUACCAAGAGAAAGAAAAUUCUCACGCUGGUUCCACGGAGUGGUUGGAAACGAUGAACGAAAGGGACAAGAACGAACUGUUAAAGAAAGUCGAGCAGUUGACUCAAGAGAACACCGAUUUAGCGAUGAAACUGAGCAGAAUGGAAGAGAAAGGAUCAUCCGAUACAGGCUCCACAGAAUCAUUCGAACGUAUUCCAGAGCACAAUGAAAGUAUGACGAAAAUAGAGCUGCUUACACAAGAGAACAACGAGCUGGUGAUUAAAUUUACAAAGCUCAAAGAACAGUUGGAGAAUACGAUGGAAAUAGAUGCUAAGCUGAGAGCAGAAAUUGAAAUUCUGCAACAAGCAGACAAGGAUAAAUCUUCAGAAGUGGAGCGACUCACAGCCGAACUAAGAAACCUUGCCGAAGAAAAGGAUCGUUUACAAAAACAAAUUGAAUCGUUGAUCGUAGAGAAGAACGAGUUGGCUGCUUUGCAUACUAAAGAAGAAGAUCGUUCUCUGUCUGAACAAGAAACAGUUGAUUUUGCAGAGAGAUCGAAGAGGUCCGUCGAUGUCGAGGCAGAAAUUGACGAAGAGAAAGAUCUUCUGGAGAAAGAGGUGAAAGGGUUGGAACGAUUACGCGAAUCAACUCAGGAUCUUCAAAUCGAUGAAUUGACCGGAAGGAUAGAAGAAUUGUUGAAGGAGAAUGAACGCGUGCUUUCGAAGCUGUCAGAACUGGAAACGUAUAACGACAAGUUAAAAGAAAAUUUAACAGAAACGACGCGAGAGAAGGAAGAAUUGCAAUCAAAAAUUAACGAUAUGUCGCGCGACCAUUCUGUCAAGGAGAUGUUAGAAUUGGAGAAAAAAGACGAUGUUCCAGAGAAAGAGGAAAUGCCGCAGUCCGACGAAUCGUCUCAGCAAACCGAGUCGAUGAUCGUCGCCUCCUUGGAGCGCGAGAUUGAAGAAUGUAAAAAAUUAAUCGCCGAGCAGACCGGCCUGAUCGAAGAGAUGAAGUUGAAGCUGGCGAACAAGGAAGAAGAAUUGGAGGAGAAGGGUAAACAGCUGACGGAAUACGAGGCGUCUGGAAAGAAGGCUGAGAGUUUGGAGAACGAAUUGAAGGAGAUAUUCGACACCGUAGAUGAAUGGAAGCACAAGUGCAUCGAGAUGCAAGAGAAAAUGGAGAAGCUGGAAGCAGGGAAAGCUUCCAUCGAGGAAGGUUUCAAAAUGUUGCAAAACGAGAAUAAAAUUUUGCUCGAAGAGAACAAAGAAAAGGAUGCGGAAACCGAUCGCUUGAAACAACAGUUGCAGGAUACUGUAACGACCUUUGAAUCGAAAGUUCAGGAACAGCUUGCAGCGAUAUCAGAGAAGGAGAACGAGAUCGGCAACCUGAAACAAAUAAUCGAGGACAAGGAUCAAGAAUUGCACGCGAAAUACACCGAGCUGCAAAACAAAAUGAUCGCGAUAGACAGCUUGCAAGACGAAUGUAACAAUUGUAAAAUGUUGAUUCAAGAGAGGAACAACGCCCUCGCGUCGAUGUCAGACGAGGUCGCGAAUCUUAACAACGCGAUGAAGAGUAAAGAGGAUGAAAUAUAUACAUUGAGAAAGCAUAUCGACGAAUUGAGCGAAAAGUUGGACGAAUCGAAGCCUCUGAAAGACUACAAUGAAUUGCUGGAACAGUUGAAGAACAAAGAUAUGAUUCUCGACGAGCUUCACUGCAGAAUAAACGCUACAACAAAGGAGAACAGUAAUUUGUCUGAAAAAUUGAAGAGUUUAUCCCAGCAUAAUAAUAACAUUCAAAGUCAGUUGGCUGAGAAACAAAGGGAAUUCGUUGAUAUGGUAGCUGCGAAGGAACUCUUGGAGACACUGAUAGCAGAGACGAAGAAAGAGAAAGACGAGGCUGAGAGACGAAUUUGGGACUUACAAAGCGUGAUAGACUACUACAUGAAAUUCGUGGAAGAUUUGCAAGGAGAAUUGAAAGGCAGUUACAAGCAUAUAGAGCAGCUGAAAUUGAAACACACGGAGGACGUCGAGCUACAGAAUCAAAGACUCGAGAACCUGAUAGAAGAAUUAAACUCUAAGACGCAAGAAUGCGAAACGUUGAGGGACGAGUUGGAGGAGAAAGAGCGACUGGUCGGUCGGAACAUCACCGAGGAAGUAAAAGUCGCGCUAGAGGCGAGGAUCGUCGAUUUGGCAGAAAAAUUAAAGGAAUCUGAGGAGAAGAUUCAGUCGCAGUUGGAGAAGAUGAAGAAGUUGGCGGCUAAUCUGAAGAAGAAGACAACGGUUUGCCAGGAACUGGAGGGCAGGGUGACGGAGCUGGAGGAGAAGUGGACGACUGAGAAGGACGAGAAGGAGGCGAAGAACAAGCAGAUACAGGACGUGGAGAUAGCGAUGCGCGAGAAGGAUAACAGAAUAACCGACCUUGAAGAGAAAUUAACUCGGGCGAGAAACGAGAACGCGGAUGCGUUCAAGAACAUCGAGGAAUUAACAAGCGAUUUGAGCGAUUCCAAAGAAAAGAUUACUUUGCUGACCGGACAGAUCGAGGAAAUGGAACGGGAGAUCGUUAAGCUGCGGGCGGACCUGGAAUCUCGAACAGCGGAGUUGGGUAUCGAAAGAGAAAGCAAGGGGAAUAUCAUUUCUGAUUACGACUCCUACAAGCAGAGUGUUAUUCGAGAGAACGAGCGGAAGCAAGUGGAGCUGGACGAGGUGAAAGAGAAGGCGCGAGAGCUGAGCGUGAGGAUGCAGGUGAUGGAAGCGGAAUACGUGGAGCAGCUAGCUUCGAUAAAGAAUCUGACGGCGGAGAACGGGUUGCUGUUGUCGAAGCAGACGCAGAUCAACGAGAAAUUGGAGAACGCCGAAAAGGAAUCGGAGGAGCGAAGAUUGUUGAUCGAGCAAAUGCGAAGGGUGACCACCGAGGCUGUAACGGAGAGCACCCAGACCACGGAGGAGGAAAGCACCGAAGAGGAGAGGAAAACCGAGGGUGCCGAGCAGUGCGAUCGUUGCAAGCAAUGCCAGACCCUUGUGCAAACGUUGGAGUUGAAGUUACAGGAACGAGAGGCUGAGAUCGAGAAUCUCGACAACGAGCUGGCUAAUUCGAUCGGUAACUUCGUUCGAAUGAAUCAGAACAGCAUGAGGAACAGAAGCUUGGAGGAUCCUUACAACGACCUGCUGUUCCAGUACAACUCAUUGAUAUCCAGCCACGAAGAGGUGAAAGCGAAGCUGGACGAAGCUUCGAAAGAAAACAAGCAGCUGAUAGAAAAGAUCGAACAAUUGCAAUCGAUGAACGUUACUUUGGAGGAAACUGUAACGACGACGGAGCAGAGUAUCGAAAGGCAACGGGAGGAUUUGUUAAAUUCUGAUCUGGCGAAGGAACGCGAAGAACGAGAAGCGGAAUUGCUGAACCUUCAACGAGAGAUUCAGACCCUUCGAGAGCGUGUUAACGAGCUGGAGCAGCAAUUAAAUUCCCAGACGAUUUCGCUCGAGUCCGCGGAGGACAGGAAGAAGGAUCUUCGGCAAGAAAUCGAGUCUCUGAGAAGCGACAGGGAGACGAAUGAUAAAUUAAUAGAAGAUUUGAGAAGCGAGCUCGAAGGAUACAGAAAUCAGAGCGGAGAAUCUGUAGAAAAGCCGAUAGCAAAGAGAGAGGCUACCUUCGACCAACAAGAAAACGCUCCGAGGUUGUUCGACGCAUCGAAGAUCUUCGGCUCUUUCGCCUCCGACUCCGAUCUUCUGACCGACAACGAGGCGAAACGAUUGCAGGCUUUGCUGGAAGAGAAGGAGGCUCGGUGCUCGAAUCUCACCCAAGAGAUGAACCAUCUUCAAAAGCUGAUGAUGGAAGAGCGAUCGCAGAUGUCGCAGAACUACAGCCAGUGCGUCGAAGAGUUGGAAAUCUCGCGGAAGGAGUUAACAACGACAUUAUCGAAUCUGGAAGUCCUCGAGCGGACGUUGAGCGAGAAAGAUAAGCAGAUCGAUGCGUUGAACUUAGAAUUACAAAACCUGAACCUUCGUAUGAUGGAACAACAAAACGAUACCAAGGAAAGUCAAUUGGAAGAGUUAAGAACGAGCUUAAAUUCGACGAAAGAGGCAUUGGACGCGAUAAUCGUUGAGCGAGAGCAACGCGACGCCCUGUUGGAGUCGUACAAGUUACAGGUCACCAAUUUGGAAGCGGAAUUGAAGAACUCGACCGACUCUGAACUGAUCCAGGAGCUGGAAAGUAGGGUUUCCUGUACGACCAAAGAGAGGGACUUGUUACAGUUACAGGUGAACGAUUUGUCCAGGUCUAUGGAGGAGCUGAAGUAUUCUAUGGGCGUUGAACUGGAGAAGAUCGGUCGGGAGAGGGACGAAGCGAAAGAAAUGGUCGCGAAUCUCACGCGAGCCUUGGAAGAUGCCUAUAAACAGUCGAUGACGUCUACGAUCACAGAUACGUCGACGAAGGAAUCGACUCCGCUGGAGGAGGUCUCGCGUGAUCAGUUGGAACCGGGGAGUCCAGUUACGAAAGCGGUCGUCGAAGAGGCGAAACAAGGAACUGCCUCGACGCCGUUUUCGUCGGAGGUACCGUUCGUGGACGAUGGAACGGGCUGGGACGCGGAGAAGCUGGUCGACGAGGAGAGUUGGGGCUGGGACGCGGAGGAGGCUCAACUGGUCGGCGAACACGUGACGGCCAGUCUGAUUCCAAGCAUGGAAAUGCAAUUGCGAGCUCGAGUGGACGAUCUGGAGGAUCGAAUCAAGGACAUGGAGAAGGAACGCGACAGGAUGCUGGAGGAGAGCAAAGCAGCGCAGCUGAGAAACGCGAAGAUGAUCAAGAAGCUGAAGGAGUACAAGGUACAGGUGGAGAGUUUGCAGCAGCAGUUGAAGACGCAGAAGUCGAGCAGCGACUUCUACGAGCUCGAUUCGGCGAUCGAGGAGGAACUGAAGUGUCAGAUCAGCAAAUUGGAGAAGAGUUUGAGCGAGGUUCGAGAGGAAUUGAAGAACACCGUAGCCGAGAAGGAGGCGUUGACGAAGCGUCUGGACGUUGUUGUUUCCGCGAACGAGAGAUACAUGGAGAUGAAGGAACGACAGGACAUGGACAUGGAGGUUCUACGUAUUCGAAACAAGGAGCUGUCCGACAAGAUCGAGGCUCUCGAUAAGAAGCUACAGAGUGGUGUGACAGCUGCCGAAGACAGCGAGGUUCCUCGAGGUGAAAGCGUAGUUUCCGGCGAGGAAGACAAGCCUGUCCCUCGGGAACGCGUUAGAAAACGAUCCGUCGACCCGGAGGACUACGAGAGCUUGUGUAAAAAGUACAGAGAGGAGAUCGACGACCUGAAGGAGGAGAUGGAAGCACUGGCGUCGGAGAACGAUCUGCUGCAACACUUUCUCGAGGAGCAAAAGGUGAAGAUGUCCAGUUUGGAGAAGAAACGAACAGCGGAGGAGAACGAGUCCAUUCAGAUCGUGGAUGAUUUGAACAAAAGAAUAUCCGAAUUACAGGCGAUGCUGAGUAAAUCACGAGAGGAGUACGAAUUGUUGAGGAAGCAGUACGAGCAGAGCUUAAUGGACGCAAACGACCAGGUAACAGCUAUGCGACAGAAUACCGACUUCCUCAAGGAGGAAGCUCGCGAGAAGAUCGGUAAACUGGAAAUGGAAGUGGCUGAUCUGCGUAAACAAUUGGAGAUAUUCGAAUCGAGCAACGCGGAACUGCAGAAGCAUCUGCAGGAAGUUUUCCAAGAGAAGACGAGCCUAGAAGAAAGACUGACCGCUAUAAUGGCUUCCUCGGAGAAACAAUUGUCCUCCAUGAACGCCUCGAUGGCCGAAGUGACGGAUCUCUUAAACAUCAGGAUACAAGAAGUCGCGGACCUGAAGCAGGAGCUUCAGAGACAAUACGUAGAUCACGAGGAGGCGAAGACGAAGCUGCAGGAGACCGUAGAGGGGCUGGAUCAGGAGCUCGGAGAGAAGAGGCAGCAACUGGAAAGGUUGAAACAAUCUCUAUCCGAGAAGGAGAACGAGUUCGUUCAACAGCAGAGCGUAGAGACUGUCAGCGCUCUGGUGAGCCAAGCGACCCAGGAACUUGCCCAGAAACACGCGAUUGAAGUCGAGGAAAAAGAGAAAGAGAUCCAAAGUCUUCGAGGGAAAUUAUCAGCCCUAGAAACAGCUGUAAACGAGUAUUCGUCGGAGAAGCAAGGCAUUCUAGCUCGACUGGACGAGCAGCAACAGGAGCUCCAGUUGUUGAGGCAGGAUCUAACAGAAAAGAAUUCGUCUUUGGUAGCUUUCCAGGCGAAUCUAACUUCGAUUCUGAGCGAAAAGGAACGAGAAUUGUUCGACAGAAACGAAAGAAUCGAUAGACUCACCGCGGAUAAUCAGAGUCUCCUGGAAACUAUCGGGGAAUUGCAGCGGCGUUUAUAUGAAUUCGAAACCACUUCCAUCGAUACGAACGGGUUAACGUCGCGUAUUCAGAGCCUAGAAACGUCCCUCCUGGAAAAGGAAUCGGAUUUAGCUCGAUACGCCAAGGAAUCCAACGAGUACCACGCUAUUUUGGAAAACAAUAGAAUCGAGAUCGAGCAGCUUCGCGCGGAUACGCGGCACAUCGACGAGCUGAAGAGCGAACUGACGGCGAAAGCUGAGCAGAUGAAUCGUUUAAACGUGGAACUAGAAGCGACUCGCGAAGCUCUCGGGGAGACCAGACAGAUUUUAAACGAGAAGACUUGUUUGUUGGAGAAAUGCAAUCGCGCGUUGGAGGAGAAAGACAGCGAAUCUUCGGCAGUGCCGAUGAUCGAAUCGAAUCAGCCGAGUGCUUCGAACAUCGUCGACGGUUUCCCUCUGUUCAGAAUGACCGAGGACAAUCACGGUUUUCAGCAGACGAUCGACGGUAUGCAGGCUGAACUGGAGAAGAAACAAGAGGAGAUCGAGCAUCUGAAGUACGUGUUGAACGAGAACACGUAUCCGGGUAUCAUUCGAGAGAUGCAGGACACGAUCAACUGCCUGUACGACGAGAAAGCGGAAUUGAAGUCGUCGUUGGACGCGUUGAACGAAAAGUUCGAGGAGAAGGCGAAGGAGAUCGAAUCAUUGACCGAAAGUCUGAAAGCGAAGAGUCUGGAAGUUGUUUCGAAGGAACAAACCGGUGUCCUUUCCAGAGAACGAGCCUCGAUGCAGGACCAGGAGAGGAUCGUCGGAUUGCAGAACGAGUUGCACGCGAAGGAGCAAGAGAUCAACGAGAUGAAGUACGUUUUAGCGGAGAAAGACUCGCAGUUGUCCCUUCAGGCUAGUAUGGAGCCGCAGUCUGAUGACUUCGAGUUGCGCGAAAUGGUGCAGAGACUAACUGGCGAGGUGUACGGCAAGGAACAAGAGGUUCAGCAAUUGAAGUCGAUCAUCGCGGAAUUGCAGACGGAAGUCUCUCGUUUGCAGGAAUUCGAGAGACUCUCCGAGGAGACUAAAGAUGCGAUAGAGAAGCUCGGCGCUGAGAAGGAACAGGCGAGGCUAGAGGCGGAGGAAUAUUUGAAAAUGAUAUUGGAGCAGAAGGAAACGGAGAUAGAUGAGAUAAAGCAAAGGUUGUCCGUUGAGAAUCAACGAAUGCUUGAUGAGUUGCAGCUGAGGGACAGGGACGUUGAAAAUUUGAAGAAGCAACUGGAAGAGUUGUCCACGAUGGAGCAGACGAUGAAGGAUAAGUUACAAGGGAAGGAGGAAGAUCUGGCUCGAGUUAGCAACGAUUUGGCGGAGAAAGAACGAAGAUUGGCGGAGUUGAGUAUCACCAAGGAUGCGGAGCUUCAUAAUUUGAAUGUUUUGAUCCACGAGAAGGAGGCUCGCAUCGAGGAACUGAUGCUGUUGUCCGACGAGGAGGAGAAGCAACUGAAAGAGUUGAGGAACGUUUUGGAGGCCAGGGAAACGGAGAUAAAUUCGUUGAAGAAACUGUUAGAAGAUAAGGUGAAAGAAUUCGAGUUAAUUCAGAACGUUUUGAAGAAGGACGUGUCCGUGGUCGGUGCUUCGACCAGUCAACGAGGCGAAACUUCCGACGAAGAUAACAAAGCGUUCGCCUCGCAGGAAUUGGAUCUCGCUUUGUACAUGCUUCAUCAACGAGAUGUUAGGUGCGAGGAAUUGACCCACGAAUUGAUGCAGUUGCUCGAAGAACGGGACACCUUGCAGCUCCGUUUGUCUAACGCUAUCAGAGUGAACGAGGAGCUGAGAAGAAUGGGCGGUGGGCCCGACGUUGCUCCUAGGGACGAAGCGUCCACUUCCGUUAGCGAAGAACCGAUGGUGGAACAUCCUUCGCCUUCCAAGUCCGAAGGACCGGUCGAGAUAGCCAAAGAAGCUAUCGACGCUCCCAUUGGGGAAGAUAAAGAGGCUCUUGCUCUGAAGCUGUCGCAGUUGCACACGGUGAGCCAUACAAAAGACGUGCGAUUGAGGGAUGAACGAGAACUGAGGCACACGCAACAAAUGUCUUUGCUAGCGCACAAAGACGUUUUAAGUACAUUACCACCCGAAGCAGCUGCCAGGCUCGUCAAUGCAAAUUAUACACUCUCUAGAGAUGUUCAGAGCCAGUCGAGCGUUCUACUGAAUUGGCUGUGGGGAAAAAGUACGCCAAAGGUGGUACAUAUGUGAUGGGGCACCAUAAACAAGAAAAUGGACGCCAUCCUUGCCUUCUGGAUACAUUCCUGCCAAGUGCCAACUGCCAAAACUAUUCCUGUUAUUUAGAUUAAAUCGAAGGCGAUAAAACGCAAUUACUUUUUCAAUAACGUUUCGACUGGUUCCUUGAAAUUGCGAGACCGUGAUAACACUGUCCUAUACGUUUCAACUUUUUCUAUGUGUUCCGAUAUUUACUGUACCUUUCCUAUAGAGUUUUAUUCGUUGAUUAUGAUUGCCAGCUUACUAUUUUGCCGAAAUGUAAUAAAAAAAAUAUUAAUUCGAUACAGUUGCUUAAAGAAAAUAAAUUUAUAUUACAGACGUUUUAUAGUUCCAUCACUGAAUUUGUUUAAUCGCGCGAGGAUCUAAAAAAUACGAUUUCUUUUCUCAAAAAUAAUUUCUUCGAAAACAGAUGAUUUAUAGAUUCGUAAUCGAUGCAUGAAACUCGAUAAGAAAUGCACGGUGGAUGUCGGAACAUCAGUCGGCUAUCGGACAGUGUAACUAAAAAUGUUAAGUGUUUCACUCAAUGUAAAGGUCUAAAAAUGUCUGUAUUUUUAACGAGACACUUGAUCGUGAUUUCUUGAGGCUUCUAAAAAACAAAAAAGAAAGUCGCUCCUCUUCGGGACAGAAGAGCGUUGAAGGAAAUGACUUUUAAACUGUAUUAUAAUCGUUGUAUAGCCAUCGUGCUUAGGUGAAUUGUAAACGAAAUAUUGUUUUUGAACAAGUGUAUAUUUCAAUUAUU